AUGGCCUCCCCCUGUUCCGGGGAUCCCGGCAAGGCAAGCCUGCCGCCUCCGCCCGUACCUCCUCCCGGUCCCGUCACGCCCCAGGAGAUCCGCUUCCCCGACAUCUACGGCGGGGACACGCAGCUCUGGGAGGCGCACUUCCGCGGCAUCGGGCGCGCCUACCGCGCUCUGGGCAAGGAGGACGACUUCGCCAUCCGCGUGCUCACGGAGGACUUCACGCUGCCCUUUCCGUUUGCCUGGCCGCCGGGACCCGAUCCUGCCCACGGGCCGCUCUUCUAUGACCCGCGCGACCGCGCCGGCUUUGACUUCCUGCUGCGGGGCCCGGGCGCCCCGCCCCCUGCGCUGCUGCGGCCCCUGCACAGCACCGCGCAGGCGGCCCUGCGCAAGCGGCGCCUGGAGCGCCUGGCCCUGAGCUACGCGCAGGCGGGCGCCGGCCAGCGGCCUGGCCUCCUGUUCCUGGCACCGGGGCCCGCCGCCAGCAGCACCUUCAAGGGGCCAACGGGGUCUGAGCCUGCCACCCCGAGGGGGGGCACCCCCAGACUUGGCUAG